AGCCAAUUGGCUUAACACGCUACAUCCGGUCAUUCUUUAUCAUAUUUCAUUGCCAAUGCCAAUCGCGCGUAGUAUAUAUAGCCAGCGACCAUAACGCACUCUAGCCAUCAGAUGUUAUCGUACCGAUUUAUCUAUGUAUACAAUGAUACAUGUGUAAAUAUUAAUGAUUUGAACGAAGUGACAUCUCGUGCGAGGCUUUGAAAGGUUCCAUCGGUUGCAGCUUAUGUUUACCUGGAGAGCGUUUACACAGCGUUUCAUGUUAUACUUCGCGUGUCUGGUGUGUCUGGAGCGGCAUCCUGCUGCGUACUCGGAAGUGUAAUCAUAACUAGGUUUUGCACGCGUUUUAUAAAGGCGUGUUGUUAACCUCCUUUAUCUAAAAACUGUGAAAAUGGUGGAUUUGUCAGGUGGGCCGGAUGGACCGAUCGAGCAUGGGUUCAGCAACUCUGUUUUUAUCAUUCCGGGCAUUAUCAUUCUGGGAUUGUCAGCCUUAGGAUGUCAGGCGCCCAGGAAGCUGCAAAAGGCAGCCCGCAGGCAGGCGUGGAGGUGGGUCUCAGUGAUGAAAAUCCUGAGGUUCCCCCCAUGGAUGGGCUUCAGGGUGGUUUCCAGCCCCCAUCCAUUGAGCAACUGUUGAGUAUGGUGGACACCAUGGAGGGCUUGUCAGAUGCAGAUCGUGAGGAUCUGAAGCAACAGUUGCUGCAGCAGCAGAACAUGGGGGUUCCAGCACCUGAGCCGUCUGGGCUCACGUCUGAGGCUCUUAUUCUCCUCGCUGCUCUCUCUCUCAUCAUCUUCAUUUUUGUUCAUAAAAUGUCUGAACACAGCAACAUGAUUUCUGAAGAGUUUGAUGAAGAAGAUGUGUCUAAUAUCGCUAGUGCUACUAUUCAAAGACUUGAACAGAGUGUAGCAGCUUUGCAAGAAUUAAGUGAAGAUGACAAAGAGAAGUUCCGAGAAAAUGUACGCAAGCGUGUUGCUGAGAAACUUGCAGCUGGUCUGGAUAGUUUACAUAUGUUUUUUGGCUACAAGCUGUACAAGAGUCUGAAGGAUAAGGAACGUAAAAGGGAUGAGAAGAGGAGGCUGAAGCAGCAGAAGAAGAAGAAGUGAACACAUUUGUUCAUUAAAUCAAGAUGGCAAGGUCAGAGGAGAAUCAAAGGGCUAGUACAGCAUAAUGAUAUAAAUUGGGAGGUGGUGGGACUUGGUCAUUGAAUAUAAUCAUGAUUUGAAUAAUGUAACUAUGUGAUUUAACAAUAUCCUGAGGUGCAUGCCACUGUGGGAGUAUCACAAGGUCUUCAAAAUCUGAAAUUGCUACAAAAUGUUCUUCGUAGUUGAAUGCAUUUGUUUAUUGUGAUCAAAUCAAAAGAACUACAAAAUUAGUUCAUUAACUGUACAAUUUGUAUUUUCAAGUUUCUAUCCCAAGCCAAGAAUUAAACUAGUCAAAUGGGGGAAAGGUAUCUGUUUCUUUCCAAACAAUUUCUUUUCCAUUAUUUUGCUGCAAGUUUCAGUUAAGAAUUAUUUGAAGAUUUGAACCAGAAGCAUGGGUGUCUUAGGAAGAGAUCCCUGAAUUAAUGAUUUGAGUUCUUCUUAAUUUGCAUCAUUUAUGUAGAGUUAUGUCAAGGAUCUGUCAAUGGUUAUAGAAAAUAAUCAGUUAAAUCUUUCCUCUUUUGCUAGAUCUUAGAAUAUUACAUAUUACAAUUCUUUCAUAAGCUCGUGUCAAAUAAAGCUCUUCAAAUAAGUAAAUGGUGAACAGUGUUUAGCUAUGAAAAUAUUGCAUAAUUCAAUGAAACAUAAACCGGGAAAUACGUUUUGUCAUUUGCUAGAAAUAUGCAGGAUUUCAUUUUCAGUUUUGAUAAAUGUCUGAAAGAUUUAGUUGCUGAUAAAGUUGAAAAAACCUCAAAAAUACACUGUGUCAAGAGGUAUUCCAGUUUAGGCUUGAAUGCUGUGUUCCGGUUUCUCUACUUAUUGAUGAUCUUUGCAGAAUUAUGAAUUUUGUUUGAAAUGACAUUUGUGUAUGGAAGUUAGCUUGCUAUAAUUUAUUUAUGAUGAGUUCAUGAUGCAAACUUUUCAAUUUUAAUCUAGUUAAUAUAGGUGCAUGAAGGAGAAAAUUUUGGUUUCUGUGAAACCCAUUUUGUUUUUGUUUUUCUCCUAGUAUGACAAAGGACUUUAUUAAAAAUUAUAGCAGUAUGAUGAUGGAAAGCAACAGAACCGAGAUGUAAGUGGCAUAUAGGUAAGGUGAGAAGCAAAAUAUAAUUUAAAAAAUGUUCUUUAAGUUGAAAAAAAAACAAAUGCAUUCUGCUAAUUUAAUUAUUUAUUUGUGCCAAGAAAUUGUCCUCAAAUAUGCAUUUAUUGUGGGUAAAUCUGCAAAUUACAUGGUUAUUUAUCUGUCAUUAACGUACAUGUAGGUACUGAAAAUGUAUUUGCAUAUUUUUGUGUAGAUUGAUCUGCAUGCCAAUGAAGGUACAAAGAUAUAUUUACAUAUUUCUAUGCAAGUACUCAAGUAGUAUCUUAUUUAUGCAGUGUUAAGACUUACUGCUAAUAAACUUAAAGGGCAGAAGAAAAUACAAAUUAAUAUAUUUUUGACCAAGAUAGCUAGGCCACGUGCCGCCAGACUAUGAUCCAAUCAGUAUUCUCUUCAUCAGUUGAGUGCUGAUGGCUGGAUAUGCACACCAGAUGGGGUUUGCUCUUGCGUAUAAUAAAAUUACAUAGCAAUUUUUUUCUUUGUAGAUUAAAAUUUGGCUGAUUUUGGAAUAAUAUUUUGGGAGGAAAAAUUAUUUUUUUCCCCUAAGUCUUUUAAAUAGUUAUCAAAUGUUUUUACAUACAUUAGAGGCACCUACUAGUACUCAUAAGAAAUUAAUAGUGAAAUAUAUAAUAAUAAGCAUGAUACAUCAUGCUUAUAAGAUAAAGUAGAGAUAUAAUCUUGCUAAUUUUUUCUACUAGAUUUUCAAUUUUUCCAUGAAUUUCUACUUGCUUAUUAGUGCUUUUAAAAAUAUGCUUGCUUCCAAAAUCGGUUAAUAAUGUUAAAUUUGUGGAACAAAACUAAUACAUUUUUAAUUUUAAAACAUUUUUAAUUGUAAAAAUCUAAAUGUUCAAUAUUUGUAUAACAAAAUUCAAAACAUACCCAUUCCUCUCUGGUGUACAAUCAAAUCCUUGAGCAUUAAACUGCUUUUCUACACAGGAAAAAUGUUAUUUUUUUAAACUUGUAUUUUAAAAACCAAUGUAUAAUAUUUCUGUGUGUUGUAUAUGUAUACACACUAUUGUAUUGUAUAAUGUUUUCUCAUGUCAGGAUGUGGAAAAAAAGUAAGUUGUCUGGAAUGAUUUAGAACAUGACCUCAAAGCAGUUGGGGGGGGGGAAUGCUAUAUGGUAAGAUAAAACGUUAGUUUGUAGUGCUUGGGAACAUUAAUACACUAUUUAUGACCAGGUCUAUUUCUGGGAGAUGCAGUUACAUGAUCUUACAUUUUGAAUUACAAAGCAGCUGUUUCUUUUAUUCCAAUAUAAUUUAUAUUUAUUGGAACAGCAUAUUUCUAAACAACUUAAAAAUGUUUUGCAGUGAAUAUCUGGUUUAAAUGUUUUGUACCGGGCAAUAAACCAAGGACUUACCUAUAAUUCGUUGUUGACGUGCAAAAUAUCCCUUCUGCCCGUGAGAUCUGGAAGUGUUUGUUGAUAGAGCAUUUAAGAACUGAAAAUGAUUAUAAAAUGGGUUCCUAUUCUUUUAUAAUUUGAUUAUUUAUAUUGUUAUUGUUAUAAUUAUUUUACAUUCCAGUUCUGUAUGGUACAAAUUAAUAUUUUUGUCAGUAUAACUUUUCUCUGCAGGGUAUUUUUGAGUAUAAUAAUAAUAAUAAUAAUAAUAAUAAUAAU